AAACAUUGCAGCGCCAAGGAGGAGCUGUGUGGAAAAGGUGGCGCUCAGUGAGAGCAAGAACUUAGGCCCCCCGAAUGACUACCAUGGGAGAUUUCAGGAUUUCUCUAAAAAGCAUAAAAUAAUCAAAGCAACACUCCAGGUAUCAAAAAAGUAAAUUUUACCUAAUAUUGGCCCUUUAAGCCGUUUUUAAUACAAGCUUUGAAAAUGUUUGACACCACUUGAAACACAAGUUAGAUAUUAACAAUUAGGCGAUAUACUUUUCAUCUUCUUAAACGUAAGGGCAGCUUCAGUAAAUGUUUUUUUUCUCAUAACAGAAUACAGAAAAAUGUUAAGAUUAAGCAAAUUUUAUGAAGAGAAUUUAGAAAUAUAAUUUGAAAAAAAUCAAAUACCAGCUCAAUGGUAUUUUACAUUGAGACUUAAAUGAGGGGUCUAUGCCACUAUCUGAACAUGGAACAUCUCAUGUUCCAUGUUCACUGGAACCCUGUGUGUCCUCUUUCUGCCACAUCAGAUCUGGUUUCCAUAUGGAAACCAGACCUGCUAAUCCCCUGAAACUCUUUUAAAUAGCCCUUGUUAUGUGAAGGGAAUUCGAGGAGUUGGAAUCAAAGUCUAGGGGUUGUGUUCUGCAAUUCUGCAACAGUUAACAGCCUCACCAAGCAGUUUGCCUGCUGCUGUGCUGACUGAAAGCCACCAUACACAAAGCUUGACAAGUUGCUUGCAGAGUCUGUGUGCUUGGUUUUGCAUUCCACAACUGGUCCCAGCAGAAAGAAACUUCUCAAUCGUCAGACCAAGACCACUGGAGUGAUGAGAAGGUAAUUAGCCCCCUCUUUCCCCCGCACCCGAACACAACUACCUCUGCCACCAGACCUCUUGCAGCGACUAAACAUUUGUGAGUCAGAUUGGGCCAAAAGGAUAUGAGUGGGAAACUUCAAAACCUGCUCAUAUUUCUGAGGAUGUGAAAGGAUUUGUAUAACGCAUUCAUAUUUGAUGGAUUUUCCCAUGUUCCAUGUGGACAGCCGUUUUUUGUUGACAUCUUCAAAUAAUGAGGCCCUUAUGUGUAGGGUUUGUUCUUCACCUGUGGUGCAGGGUUCUGUUUCUAGUUGCCAGGUAGGGAUGCUGUGCAAACCAUUCCCUCGUCUGUUCCAGGCGUAUGGAGAAGGACUGACUUGCUGGCUUCCAGGAACCACAGUAAGUAUUUUGACUGUCGCCACAGUCAGGGAGGAACGAUUAGCUAUAGAGUAGCAUCUAUCAUGACUUUACUAACAUCUAUCUUAUUUGUGAACAGCAAUGAUGUUUGGAGAUUUUAUGGUGCAGUGACAUUUUCCAAGGAAAGCUGUGUACCUAAGUAAUUUUUGAAAUUACCAUAGCUAUCUGUAAAAAGUGAAGACUAAGUUAGCGUUGGAGGAGAGACAUUUAACUGCUUUGACCUGAGCUCCUUGGGAAAGUUAAGGUUUAUUUGUGUAAUUUACCACUCUGACUAACAUGAAAAUCUCCCAUUGAUUGCACUCUUUGUUUCCUGCUCUGCUAGACUGAGCUGACAGGAAAAGAUGCCUGUGCUUACCUUUGAUUUUUAUUGUGUUACAGGUACUGAAAUGGAACAUAUAUUUUGGAUCUUUUUUAUUUUUUGCCAGAUCUUUUCAGUGGGAGCUCAGUUCAAUGGAUACAACUGUGAUUCCAACUUCCAUAGUCGCUUCCCUGCUGAGCGGGAUAUCAGUGUGUACUGUGGGGUUCAAACUAUCACUCUUAAGGUCAACUUUUGUCCAGUACUUUUCUCUGGCUACACUGAUUCAGAUUUGGCUCUAAAUGGUCGUCAUGGAGAUGCACAUUGUCGAGGAUUUAUUAAUAAUAACACAUUUCCUACUGUUGUGAUCUUUAGUAUUAGCUUGGCAACAUUGGAGUCAUGUGGAAAUGCCCUGGUGGUGUCCACAGCUCAGGGACCCAAUGCCUAUGGAAAUCUCUCUCUGGUGCAAAUUGGAAACAUAUCAGGUUAUAUUGAUACCCCAGAUCCACCUACUAUCAUCAGCUAUCUCCCAGGUUUACUCUACAAAUACAGUUGUAGUUAUCCUCUGGAGUACCUGGUCAACAACACACAGCUGGCCUCGUCAUCAGCUGCAAUCUCAGUGAAAGAAAGCAACGGUACAUUCAUCAGCACGCUGAAUCUGCUGCUUUACAAUGACUCAUCAUACAUUCAGCAGCUGACCAUUCCUGUAGCAGGACUGACCCUGAAGACACGGGUGUUUGCAGCUGUCAAAGCCACUAACCUGGACAGGAGAUGGAACGUUCUAAUGGACUACUGUUACACUACACCCUCUGGGAACCCGAAUGAUGAGCUUCGCUAUGACCUUUUCUUUAGCUGUGAUAAGGACCCACAGACCACUGUCCUUGAGAAUGGGAAAAGCCAAAUGGGUCGCUUUGCCUUUGAAGUAUUCCGUUUUGUCAAGCACAAGAAUCAGAAGAUGUCCACUGUGUUUCUGCACUGUGUUACCAAGCUAUGUCGAGCAGAUGACUGUCCUAUGCUCAUGCCAAUCUGUGGCAGCAAGAAAAAGAGAGCUAUUUCAGAGGGGAAACAAUCAAGCAAGUCACCAGGAAAUGCUGUUCUGACUGCGGGGCCCAUCAUCACUCGAAGUGAUCAAACACCAAGUAAUAAUUCUCACCUGGCUCUUCUGAAUGUUCCAGAGUUUCACAUCAACACGGUGACCAGCAUACUCAUCUCAGGAGUGAUCAUUCUGAGUGUUAUAAGCAUUUGCUUCUUUCUCUUCUCCCUACUCCCAAAAGGCAGGAGUUCUCCUGUCACUACUGUGUCUGGUGUCCGAAACACGGCCUUCAAUUGAACUCUGGAACUCAGCUGAGUGUUGGGAAAUAAACCAACACUCAGCAAGUGGACACAAGAGACAAGAUACGUUUUCAUGUAGUUGUUUACAAGAAUACAAAUGUUAAUUUAGAAAACUGUUAUGCCUGAAAACGAGCAUUAAUUUAGAUAUACUGUAUAACUUUGUAUAUAUCAUAAUAUGCCACCUCAGAUUUGCAGAUCAUUUCGUACACUGGAUGACUGUAUAUUCUAUCAAACAUCAAGCUCCUAUGUACAUAUAUAAUAAUUGUUUCUCAGUGGGGAAAUUCAGGUGUACCAGCAGCAAAGUGACAGGAAAAUGAAAGCCUGUAGAUUCGCAGACAUGUGAAAAAUAAUGGCAAAUUUACAACAUAAAAAAUAGACUUUAUAGGCUAUGUCAAUCCAAAAGAGAAAAUUGAAUUCAGAUUCAAUUUUAUAUGGUGUUGGUCUGCAAGUGUAAAACCUAACUAAACCUAACUUUAAAAAUAAAAUAAUGGCCAAAAAUAUAAAUAAUAAAAAAAAGAUGAUGGUUCCAUUUUAAAUGUAUGUAACAAAACGAUAAGGUGUGGAUAGGAUGAGAUAAAAUACAUUUUAUGUGAGUAAUUUUUUGAAAACUAAUUUUUCCUUAAUUUCUUUCAAAAUCUGUUUACAUUCCCUUAAAAUGUUUAAGCCUUGUGGAAGCCAUAAGCCAAUCUAUUUUUAUUUUUAAGUGUAAAAGUACCCAAUUAAUUGUGCAUGUCGAUCUCAAAAUUGUUUAUAAAAUAUUGACUGCUCAUGCUGGUAAGGUACAAACUGUCCAUUAUUGUACAUGUUGCAUAUGUUGCACUGACUAACUAAAACUUGCUAAGUGUUAUAUUUCAAAUCAGAAAAAUAUCUGAAUUGGAUCAACAAAAGAUUCAAUUCUGAAAAACAGAAUCAAACAGAAGGCAAAGAUUUAACAAGUCAUCUUUUAUUCUUUUUACUUUGCAGUUUUUGUUUCUGUGUCCCCAGCGGAAAAAUGUAAAAUUUGUGACGCCAUAUUUCUUUAUCAACUCAAUGAUGUCAACAAAAGAGGGGUCCAGUGCUAUGAAUGCUGGGAGAUGCAGUUCGAUCUGUUUGCUUUAGAAGUCUGGAAGACCACCAAGGUGGUUGGAGAUAGGCACCAGCACCCCUCGCAACCCCACUGGGGAUAAGUGUGUAUGAUGGAUGGAUGGAUGGACGGAAUUCCACCAAUACAAAGCUAAAAAGUUAACAAAUUUGCAGUCAGAAAUGAAAUGUUGUUUUAUCUAAUUACACCAGAUCCACACACACAAUAAGUUCUAUAACUCCAGCUUAGCAUAGCCAAGUCAUUAAAUACAGAAUCUUAAAAAGUUAAAUAAAAUAUCAAAACCUCCUUAGUGUUCCAUUUUGGAUUAACUACAAGUUCUUAGAGAACUUAUAUUCAUAUAACGCAUUGAGAUAUUUCUCACAUAGAAAUAAUGAAAGGAGUCAAUAGAUUGCAUACUUCUUCACGGAUGACUUUGAAGAAGUAUGCAAUCUUCUUCAAAGUCAGAAGAAGACAUGUUGAUCAGUUCAUGUCAUCAUGAACUGAUCAACAUGUGGUCAGUUCAACAUGUAAACUGACCACACAUGGUGUCCAGCAUGAUUUUUUGUGACUCCAAGAAUGCCUAAACAAUGAAUGGAAAGCAUUACUAAUGUACCAAAUGUACCUUUUAAAAUAAUUACUAAUGAUUUCUGACAUAUAAUUGCUGAUGAGGAAUUUCCUGUGACCUGAUGAAAAUGAAAGCUGGUCUAUUAAAUUCAGUUUUCUUUAAUAAUCUGGGGUGUAGUUUUAGAGGAGCAGUCGCAUCUUAAGAAAAAAGCUUUAAAUGAAUUACAGACCGGAGAGACAAGAAACAAAUCACAGAACUCAGUCUCCUGAAACACUUUUUUUUUUUUUUUUAGAUAUUUCCAACCUGUCCACUGUGACCCUCAUAAGAGCAUAAAUGAAGUUAUAACAUUGUAUAGUGAAAUUUGUGUUUGAUACAUUUUUGAGUCUGAAGCCAUUAACAGAAAACUUGUAUCAUUGGCCACAUAUUGCAGAAGUGAAUUUAAACUUAUUUAAAUCUUUAAAAUUGUUCUCAAACAGAACGACGUGUGUGUGUGUGGGAGUGGGGAUUAUUAUUUUUUUCAACUUGACAAACCACUUUUAAACACUGCUCAAAUCAAGAAAAGUGCUGUUUAUUUAGGGCAAUUGACAUGGAAUAUAAAGUACAAAACAGAAUACAACAUAUGCAUAACGUAUUUAAAAAUAUACCCAGGUUUGGUUAAAAACAUACAAAAUGUCCAUUCCACUUCAACAGUGACAGGUAAGUGUUGUUGUAACACUGACUUACCUCUUGUUACUAACCUUUGCAGAAGAAAGUACAUUCAAAUA